GUUUCAUCUCUUCUGAAUAAAUGAAGAAAGUGACUAUGAAAGCACAGCAUCUGCCUUCUGUUUCCAUCAACGAGGAGAAGUUCAUAACCAGAGAGCAGCUCAGGUCUCUUCUGAAGACUUAUAACUCGUACUAUUCUGAUCAAGAAAAUCUGCAACUGUCACAUAACCAGCGAGAAGGAAGCAAACCAUUUAUUGAAGGAAUCUUGUCAAUAUUUUGGGGAAUCCGACAUCCUAUCCGAUUAAAAAUUCAGGAUGAGAAGCAGAUACCCUCGUUUGUAACGCUGAAGUCAACAGAGAAUGUGGGUUCGUUCCCUAGUAGAAGGGGAAUGACACGCUGGGGAGAAUUUGAUGAUCUGCAUCAUAUUAGCGGGGAGACGUUGACAUCUACUGAAGAAAAGCCAAACACUGAGAAAAGUUAUUUGUGUUACGAAAGCCGCACUCUGAAGUGCACGAGCGAGCAGGACCACGACUGCGCGACGCUGCCCAGGGCCGGCAGCCACGCGGCGGCUGUGCGGAAGAGGACCAAGCUCCCCACGGCAGCGAGGGCACAAGUAGAAACCCACAGGUUUUCCAUUAAUGGCCACUUCUACAACUACGAGACAUCAGUUUUCACUCCUGCUUUUGGAUCAGAAACCAAAAUAAGAAUAAACAGCCUGAUGAGGACAAAACAAGUAAUAGAACAGUUGCUUCGGAAGUUUAAGAUAGAAAACAGCCCCCAUGAGUUUGCCCUUUACAUUAUCCACGCCUCCGGAGAAAAGAAGCAGCUGAGGAGUGGAGACGUUCCCUUACUGCACAGACUCUUGCAGGGGCCCUCGGAGAAGAUUGCCAAGUUUUUUCUCAUGGACAGGGAUGUGGAAGAGAUCAGCAGUGACGUUGCUCAGUAUAUUCCAUUUCAUCUGCCCUUCUUGGAGUCAAUUCUGCACAGAAUCAAUGAAGAAGAAGAACAGGAGAUUCAGCAGACAAUUGCAAGGUACCUGAAAGAGAAGAGUCUGAUAUGCCAGCACCUGCACAGUCGAGCUGUUAAAAAAACAGAGACUACUGUUUGA